GGCUUUGGCUUCCAGAGAGCUGCCAGAGGCCUGAAAAUCGGAGAACCCCCGUGUUCGCGCUUCUCUGUGCGCAAUGGUACGAAGUUCUGUGUUAGAUGGCGGAAGCAUGUUUCGACAGUAGUAGAGCAGUCUAUUUGUUUUGUGUGUGUGCGUAGAAUAACUGUACUCGUUCCGCGGGAUCGCAUGUGCAUCAUAUGAGUACUGCUGUGCCGGGGGAUAUACACGUAUGCACAUGACACGCGUCCUGUCUUGCUGCAAGCCAUUGAAGAAUUAACAUUCUCGACCUGUUGUUUCGCGCACGACUUGCCUCAAAACAUUGCACCCAAGCUUGAGACACCUAUCGAGUGUGAACAGUUGUCAUGACGGGCGUCAGGAAGGACCAAGUUUUACUAGUCGGAUCUAGUGCUUCCGUCGCUGAACAAAUCAAAACUGGAACCCAACAAGCACUCAAGUAUGCAUCCCUGGUGACUCUGACGGUUCAGAAUGCGGCCCUUAAUUUAACCAUGCGCAUGGCUCGCACACAGAAAGACCUUUUCAUAGCCAGCACAGCUGUUGUAAUGGCAGAGGUGAUAAAGCUGGCAACAUGCCUCAUCAUGGUACGUGUGGACGAAGGAAGCUUCCAAAAGUGGCACUCUUCUAUUCACCGCAUUGUAGUGUUGCAGCCCUGGGACACACUCAAGGUAGCUGUGCCAUCAUUGGUGUACAACAUCCAGAACAACCUGCUUUAUGUUGGGGCCACCCAUUUGGAUGCAGCCACGUGUCAGGUCACCUACCAACUGAAGAUCAUUACUACUGCCCUUUUCUCACUGGCACUGCUCAACAAGAAGCUUGCAGGUGUCCAGUGGGUGGCACUGCUGGUGCUGUUUGUGGGUGUUGCACUUGUUCAACUGGCACAGAUUGCUGUUCAUCCCAAAACAGUGGAGGGCCAUGUGCAGCAGCCCCUGGUUGGCUUUCUGGCCAUCCUGGCAGCUUGCUGCCUGUCUGGAUUCGCAGGUGUAUACUUCGAAAAGAUCCUUAAAGGCAGUGAUGUUUCUGUGUGGAUGCGAAAUGUCCAACUGAGUACCUUUGCAGUCCCCUUCGGCUUGCUCACAACACUUGCCAAUGAUUAUGCUGAAGUUCGUGACAAAGGAUUCUUUUAUGGCUACAGUACACUAAUCUGGAUUGUCAUUCUUUUACAAGCCCUUGGCGGGCUGCUAGUUGCAGUUGUUGUUAAGUAUGCUGACAACAUACUCAAGGGAUUUGCCACUUCGCUUGCCAUUGUGCUUUCAUGUGCAGUAUCAGUGUAUGCCUUUGAAUUUCAUCUCAGCUGGCAGUUUGUGGCUGGUGCAUUGCUUGUCAUGGGGUCGAUCUUUCUCUACAGUCGACCCAACGCAAGCACAGCACAACUGCGUAUUGCAUCACGCAAAGUUUGAGCAUGCUGCUGAAACAAAUUGUAUUGCAUGUAUGGCAGGCGUGCUUACAUUGUUGAGCACGCAGUCAGAUGUGCACCAGGACAUGCGCUGCACUCAUAUACAGUUUCUUAACUGCUGUGCACAAUGCUGUGCACAAGCCAAAAGCUUCUUAUUUGCUCACUCAAAUGACAGUUCAGCAUGAGCGUGAUAUUCAAGCAAAUGUUGCAGUUACGUUGUUCUGUCUGCACUGUGGUUUUCUAGAUGCAAUGCUGUUUAGCACUCAUUCAAUUAUUGUGCAUAUGUACAUGGUGUUAUGCAAGUAAUUUUGCCAUUUUCUAAUGCCCUUCGGUUGUGAUUCAAUAAAAUCAAGGGAAAAGCUGA